AUGGGGUCUGUCAACACGCCGACUACUCCUAUGAUAGGUGCGACCUCAACACAAUAUCAAUAUCCCCUAUAUGCCGGUACGACGACCAACGCCGCAUAUGAGGUAUGUCAACACGCCGACUACUCCUACGACACGUGCGACCUCAACACAAUAUCAAUAUCCCCCAUAUGUUGGUACGACGACCAACGCCGCAUAUGGGGUCUGUCAACACGCUGGCUACUCCUACGACAUGUGCGACCUCAACACAACAUCAAUAUCCCUCAUAUGCCGGUACGACGACCAACACCACAUAUGGGGUCUGUCAACACGCCGGCUACUCCUACGACACGGGCGACCUCAACACAAAAUCAAUAUUCCUCAUAUGCUGGUACGACGACCAAAGCCGCAUAUGGGGUCUGUAAACACGCCGGCUACUCCUACGACACGUGCGACCUCAACACAACAUCAAUAUCCCCCAUAUGCCGGUACGACGACCAAUGCCGGAUAUGGGGUCUGUCAACACGUCGGCUACUCCUACGACACGUGCGACUUCAACACAAGAUCAAUAUCUCCCAUAUGCCGGUACGACGACCAAUGCCACAUAUGGGGUCUGUCAACAGGCCGGCUACUCCUAAGACACGUGCGACCUCAACACAAUAUCAAUAUACCCCAUAUGCCGGUACGACGACCAACGCCGCAUAUGGGGUCUGUAAACACGCCGGCUACUCCUACGACACGUGCGACCUCAACACAACAUCAAUAUCCCCCAUAUGCCGGUACGACGACCAACGCCGCAUAUGGGGUCUGUCAACACGUCGGCUACUCCUACGACACGUGCGACUUCAACACAAGAUCAAUAUCUCCCAUAUGCCGGUACGACGACCAACGCCACAUAUGGGGUCUGUCAACACGCCGGCUACUCCUAAGAUACGUGCGACCUCAACACAAUAUAAAUAUACCCCAUAUGCCGGUACGACGACCAACGCCGCAUAUGGGGCUGUCAACACGCCGGUUAUUCCUACGACACGUGUGACCUCACAUUCACAGGGUGGUACUUAUACGGGCUAA